GUUCACCUUUAAUUUAAAAAGAUAUAACAUCUACCAAAAAAACCUCGAUAAUUUACAUCACUACCAAAAUAAUUUUAAAUAAAAGAACUUGUCCAUUUGUAUAUACCUAUAUAAGAUUGUCGACGUACGCAUCGCGUGCAUAUACAACUAGUAUUUAUAUACCGUCGCAUAUAUUACGUGCGAGGUAGCAAAGAUUAUAUGAAGUGGUAUCCGACUAGAUUUCCCACAAUUUUUAAGCUUGCUACAUGCUAAUGUUCUCUCAGGCCUCAGCCAGCAAAGUUGAGAUUUUUGGGGAUUAUGGUUUGUGCAUAGCUUUUGUUAAUACUUGUUUAUGUAUCUUGUCCCAGCGCGAACCCCGAGACAGCAUAGAUGACCCAAACCCCUGACCUUUCUGUUCCCCCGUAACUUUAUUAGCUUAGCGCCUUAGCCUUUUCCACUCCCCGCUUUCCAAAACCCACAUUACCAUAAAAAUUAAACCUUUUUCAUUGCGUUUGCUUGAGCACCAAUCUGCCGCCAUUAGAGAAAGAAAUAUGGAAAGAAUGAUAGAGAAAGCAAAGGAAGAACUACAAAUGCUUGAAACCCAACAUCCUAAUCGCUUUGAUUACCUUAAACUUGAACUCAAAUCCUUUAUCUCUCUCCUCCAAUCUCAACUUUUUAUUGACCAUUUGCCUACUACUUCUGCCACCACUCAAGCAUCAACAAGCAUGAAGAGGAAGAGGGUGUGUUUGAAAAGGCGGAAGGUGGAAAAUGAAACAUCAUGGGAAAAUGAAGGAUGUGAAAUUGAGUAUGAGAAGAAAGCCAGAAGACAAAGUGACAGGGUUGAUGUUGUUCUUGAGAAAGCUCAAGCUUGUUUGCGUAAGAUAGAGGAGGUUAAAUUCAGUUUAGCCUGCUGAUUAGUGAUUAGUUGUUCAAAUAAUUAAUCUUUGGUUGUUUAGUACAACAAUUUUGUAAUAUGAGUUGUAUAGUGUCUUUUGCUAAAUUUUGUGUCUGUAUUUGCUUGAUUUUGGGGGUAUGGUAUUCGAGUAGUCACAUCGGUAUUCUUUUUGGUAACUGGGUUGGCUUCGGUCUUUUGUUUAGUCUAUUAAGGAAAAGGAAAUGAUACACAUUUUUACAAAGGGUUAAAUGUUGCUACAUUUGCUUUUUUUACAGUUUAUGAGAUGCAACUUCAAACACCAAUACCUUGAGUUACAUAUAUGAAAAAAAUAUAAAAUUUAUAUAUUUGGAAA